AUGAGUGACGAGGACCGCGCGUCGAGCGCCGCUGUGGGCCUGCCUACAGCGGCGCGCGAUGCAGAGAAGGAAGUAUUGUCGGAGCCGGCACACGACCCGGCGCACGACCCGGCCAAGCACGACGAGUCGCGUGCGGCCCACGGCGAGCCCAAAGACGAGGGGCACGGCGCCGCACACGACUCACACGACGAGGGGCGCUCGAGUACAGAGGGGCGCUCGAGCACAGAGGUCUCACCGCGCCUGGCGUCCGCGCACUCGCAGCCCAAAAAGUUUUCGUCGUUGAAUAUCAACCAGCGCUUUUUGCAGAGCGCCGCGACGGCCGCCGCCGCGAGCGCCGCGCCGAAGCAGCCUGCGCCCGCGCCGGUGCAGCCCGCCGCGAGCCGCCUCAGCACGCUGCGCCCGUCUGCACGUCCGGCCGCCCGCACAGAGUCGCCGACGUCGUGGAAGCGCAGCUCCAGCUCGGACCACCACGAGCGCGACGGCAAUGCAUGGGGCAGCCCGCGCCUGACGACGGCCACUGCCGCGCCUGCGCCGGACGCCAAGGGGAACCCGACGCGCGCGCCGUGGACCAAGAGCCCAGUGCAGCCCGCUGCCCGGACCGCGCUCUCGUCGCACGACUUUCCGACCGCUGCCGAGGUCAUGCAGGCCGAGCGCAAGGCCGAAGAAAAGGCCGCGGCACACGCGGCUGAGGAGGCGGCGCGCCAGCAGGCCGCGCUCAAGGACCUCGACCGCUUCCGCGACAACAAUGCCAACUGCGCAAGUCACUGGGACGAAAUGGACGACGAGUCGGAAGAGUCGCUCGACGACGUCGUCGAGUUUGGCGACGGCACACAGUACAAGCUACCGCACGACGAGCCCAAGCCCGAGCCGCCGAAAGAGGCCAAGCGCCCGGCGAACGCCUGGGCGGCGCCGCUGCGCACGGCGGCUGCCGAGAAGCCGCCGCUGCGUUCCGACGCGCCGCGGCCCGAGCCCUCGCGGCCCGAGCCCUCGCGGCCGACGUGGGGUCCACUCGCGCAGCGCCACUCGACUGUGACCGGCCAGCCGCUGCCAAAGCCCGAGGCGCCGCCCGCGCCCAAAGAGCCGGAAAAGUCUGCCGAGGAGAUCGCCGCCGAGCAGCAGUCCGAGAUGAUGACCGCCGCCGAGCGCGCACGCAAGCGCCGCGAGGAGGAGGAGCGUGCACGCGAGGCGCAGCGCGAGCGCGCGCGCCUGCGUGCGCAGCAGAUCGAGGAGCAGAUCAAGGCCGCCGAGCGCGAGAAGCACGAGAAGCAAGAGGCCGAGCGCCGCGCGCUCUCCCAGCGCCGCGAAGAGGAGCGUCUGGAGCGUGAAAAGGCCGCGAGGGAGCGCAUGGCACGUGAGGAUGCCGCGCGCGAGCGUGCCGAGAAGGCCGCCAAAGAGCGCCAUGCCAAGGAGACGAAGCGCGCCGAGGAGGCGAAGCGCGAGGCCGACGCCAAGCGCGAGGCCGAUGCCAAGCGCGAGGCCGACGCCAAGCCCGCCGAGAAGCGCGAGGCAGAGAAGCAGUCCGAAGCCGACACCCAAGAGACGUGGCGCCGCAAGGACCCCGUGCCGACGAUCCUCCCCCGCCCCAAAGAGCUCAAGGACCGCGACGUGCACAAAGAACACGAGAAAAAGGUCAAGGAGGAGCGCCGCACCCGCGAGCCGCUGCGCGCGUCGAGCGCGUCGCCGAUGCCGCGGGCGCCGACGCCGGAGCCGGUCGUCACGCGCGAGGAGCUUGAGCUGGAGCAGGCGCCGGUCUGGCGCCAGUUCCGUGUGCAGCUGCAUGCCGAGCAGCGCGCCGCGCGCCGCCCGUCCGAGGCCGCGCGCCACGACCACGGUCCGCGCGACAGUGCGGCGCACGCCACGUCGUACGAGCCGCCGCUCGACUACCUGUCGGUCGGCCGCGUGGACACUGCGGCAGAGGUGCUUUUUCCGCCGCGUGCACCACGCGUGCGUCUCCCUUCGGCGCGUCUCGAGCGGAGCGCGGCGCGGCGUACCGAGCCGAGCCAGCCGCUGGACGCCGAGGCGAUGGAGGCCGAGCUGGUGGGCGGCAUCGACGACGACGACUAUGCGAUCCUCUUCCGCGAAGAGCCCCAGCGCGGCUGGCCGUCGACGUCCAAGAAGCCCGUGCCCCGCGUGCACCUUCCCCCGGCGCGCCCGCGGCGCGCGCAGGCCCCGGUGCUGCCGGCCUACAGCGGCGGGCUCUUUGACCGGCCGCAGGUGCGGCCGCCGCCGCUAGUGUCGCUCCCGGCGCCGGACGGCGUGCCCCGCGCGCCGUUCCUGCCGGAGGCCCCGUCGACGUGGGGCGCCGGGCCGCUGGCGCUUCCGAUGCUGGAGCCCGCGCGCGACAAGCUCGAGCAAAGCCACAUCAAAAAAGUAUGGGCCGCCCCGUCCGCCGGCGCGGAGCAGGAGCAGCCGAAAAAUUCACUCGAAGGACUCGUCGACGACGUACUUCCCCCGCCACUCGGCAUGGACCACCUGACCGAGGCGCCCGCCACCUCGGAGGAUGCGGCACAGAAACUCGACGUGUUUGCGUCGCCGUUCCAGCCGUCGAGCCAGGACGAGGCGCGGGGGCCCAAGCCGUGGCCCUACCUCGGCACACCAAGAGGGCAGACACCACCCUUCCGCCUCGGGUACGAGGCGCGGGCCAAGACGCCGCGCGCUCCGCGGACGACGCGGAGUGCAGAGACGACGCCCGAGGGGAGCAAGCGCGAGUAUGCGUACAUGCUCCCGGCAGACUAUUCCGACUUUGUCCUGUCGGAUGCAUGGUAG